AUGCAAGUAUCACCCAGAACCUCACCUGCAUCCUCGCCAAAAUUAGCACAUUCUAAAUCAAUCAAUCAAUACUCAUAUAAUGGCCAACAUUCACCAAGAAGUGCAUCUCCUAUCUCACAAAACUCUAUAAACAAUUAUAAUAAUGUUCCAGAGUAUCAAAUGAAUCAAUCAAUGAAUCCAAACAUUAUUUCUAAUAAAGUAGGUCAUUAUUCACCAUCAACUUCACCAUUACCAUCACCAGUCUUUCCAAAAGUUAUGAUAAAUGAUUCACCUAUAAUUUCAUACCAAAAUAAUAAAAAAUCUACAACAAUUCCGAUUGUUAAAAUAGAUUAUGCACCACAAACACUUCAAACACCUAAUGAACCAUUAAGUGCUUACGAAAGUGAUGUUACCACUGAUGACGAGACAGAGUAUAUAGAUAGAAAGGAAUUCAAUAAUUCCGCAAAUUCAAAUGAAUCUAAAAGCAUAAAAAAGAAAAAAGAUCAAAUUCUUGCAAUUGAUGAAUAUGGUUUUGUUUAUGAUGUUUCUGAAAAAGAAAUCCCACCAGGAGCUGAUCGAAUUAAAAGAAUAAUACAAGCACCCGGUACAGAGGAAAAAACUACACGAGUUAUUCGAUUAUAUCGUGAACGUGAGGCUAAAUGGUUGGCUAUUCUUGGUACUAUGGAUCCUAAUAUGGCAAGAGAUUCAAGAAAAAUUAAAAAAUUGGUACGCCUAGGUGUUCCAGAAUCUGUUCGUGGAAAAUCAUGGCAAUUUAUGGCAGGUGCUGAAAAGUAUAGAAAGUCAAAAUAUUAUGAUGUAAGUUUUUGA